AUGCAUAUUCCAGGGCACCAUCAGCCCUCGCCUGUCGAACAAAUCCAAGGCACUGCGCCCCAUGAUCCUCCCUCUCAGCUGCGUUUCAACGAUGAGCGCAAGGAGGGGGGCCAGUGGUCCGUGGCGGGAAGCACAGAUGUCUCCCUGUCAGGGAACCAGGCCACCUCCGAGCAGUUUUCCUCUCGCUCGGCCUUGUUCCGAUACUUUGCUGCCGAGAUAGACCCUAAGCGGACUGAUCUCAUCCUCAUUGCGUGUGGUUUUGUCGGUGGUCUAGUCGACGGUCUCUCCUUUAAUGCCUGGGGGAGUUUCUCCAGCAUGCAAACAGGAAACACCGUCUUCAUUGCCUUGGGUGUCUCCGGACAGCCAGAAUACCCCCAAUACCUCUGGGCGAAAUCCCUCAUCGCCCUAGCGACUUUCCUCACCAGCAAUCUCUUCUUCAUCCAUGGCUCCCGACUCCUCAACCCCCUCAGACGCUCAACAGUGAUCCUUUCCUUUGCCAUCCAAACAGCUGCCAUCCUAGCCGCUGCCAUCCUCGUCCAGCUCGGCACCAUCAGCCCUAAGCCCGAAAACCCCCGAGCUCCAAUAGAAUGGAUGCAAGUCCUACCCAUCUCACUCCUUGCCUUCCAGGCGGGAGGGCAGAUUGUUGCCUCGCGCAUUCUGGCCUUUGAUGAGAUCCCUACUGUAGUCCUCACCACUCUUCUAUGUGACCUGCUGGUUGAUACGAAGCUCUACGUCCGGCCCUGGAAGGCAAACCCCAAGCGGAACCGACGUAUUGGUGCUUUUUUGGCAUUGUUUCUGGGUGCCAUGACAGCCGGUGGACUGUCCAAGGUAACAGGACUGGCGAGUAGUUUGUGGUUUGCGAUGGCGAUAAAGUUGACCAUGACGCUGAGCUUCUUCGUGUGGAGAGUUGACAAGGCCUCGAUUAGGAGGAAGCGUGACGAGGAGAGUGGUACUGAGUAG